AACCCGUAGCCUGGUGUGGUCUAAUCCGUAGCCAAAUGGGGCGAUGGUGAAUUCGAGGUGAAACCUUUGUGAAACCACACGUGGUCGAGCUUCUGAAACGCCGGUGUGUGCUUACUGUAUACGUUACGGUCGUUCUCAGGUGCCAUGAAAUUUGUCCAAUGGUGCAUUAGCGGCUGGAGCCGCGCCGUCACCUCACUGGCGAGGACAAGGCACCAUGCCCUGCUAGCAUCCUCAGGCAGUCGUAGCGCCUCAUCGUCGCCACCAGAAUUUCCUGAACUGUCACCACGCCCGGAGCAGGCAUACCAUUCUGCCUACACGCAGCCAACCAAAGGCCGCAUCUAUGACAAGAAGCCAUUUAGAUUUGAGUGCAAAAAGGGGCACGUCUACCAUUGGUGCACCUGCGGAUUUAGUCAUACCCAGCCUUUCUGCGAUGGCAGCCACAAAAAUCCACACCUGAAGAUUACGCUCAAGCCAAUUCGCUUUGUGGCUGAGGAGACACGCUGGUACUGGUUCUGCAAUUGCAAGCAGACGGCAAACAGGCCGUACUGUGACGGCACCCACAAGCAGCCGCAAGUUCAGGAACAGCCAGCUGUCGUCAAAUGACUGGCGUCAUCCAUUGCUUGUUUAUCAAUAAAGAAGACAGUGACUUUUA